ACAAGAGCUGACAUUCAGAGCUCAGACACAUGACAUGUAGAUCAGAGCUCACACUAGAUUCAUUUCUGAGGAAGUGAAACUCAGACGGGCGUUGUUACUGAGAGUUGAAAUGGCACAGAAAGGAGUUCAGCCGGACCGAGUAACCUUCUCUUGUUCCAUCUGUCUGGAUCUACUGAAAGAUCCGGUGACUGUUCCCUGUGGACACAGCUACUGCAUGAACUGUAUUAAAGCCCACUGGGAUAAAGAGGAUGAGAAGAGAGACUACAGCUGCCCUCAGUGUAGGAAGACCUUCACACCGAGGCCUGUCCUGGGGAAAAACACCAUGUUAGCAGAUUUAGUGGAGGAGCUGAAGAAGACUGGACUCCAAGCUGCUCCUGCUGAUCACUGCUAUGCUGGACCUGAAGAUGUGGCCUGUGACGUCUGCACCGGGAGGAAACUGAGAGCCUGUAAGUCCUGUUUGCAGUGUCUGGCUUCUUACUGUGAGAAACACCUUCAGCCUCAUCUUGAAUUACCCGUCUAUAAGAAACACAAGCUGGUGGAGCCCUCCAAGAAGCUCCAGGAGAACGUCUGCUCUCGUCAUGAUGAGGUGAUGAAGAUGUUCUGCCGUACUGAUCAGCAGUCUAUCUGUUAUCUCUGCUCUGUGGACGAACAUAAAGGCCACGACACAGUCUCAGCUGCAGCAGAAAGGACUGAGAGGCAGAGAGAGCUUGAGGGGAGUCGACUAAACAUCCAGCAGAGAAUCCAGGACAGAGAGAAAGAUGUGAAGCUGCUUCAACAGGAGGUGGAGGUUAUCAACGGCUCCGCUGAUAAAGCAGUGGAGCACAGUGAGGAGAUGUUCACUGAGCUGAUCCGUCUCAUGGAGAAAAGACGCUCUGAUGUGAAGCAGCAGGUCAGAUCCCAGCAGGAAACUGAAGUGAGUCGAGUCAAAGAGCUUCAGGAGAAGCUGGAGCAGGAGAUCACUGAGCUGAAGAGGAGAGACGCUGAGCUGCAGAGGCUGUCACACACAGAGGACCACAACCAGUUUCUACAGGACUACCCCUCACUGUCAGCACCCAGUGGAUCUACACACUCAUCCAGCAUCAAGACCCGUCCUCUGAGGUACUUUGAGGAUGUGACAGCGGCUGUGUCAGGAGUCAGAGAUAAACUACAGGACGUUCUGAGAGAGGGAUGGACAAACAUCUCACAGACAGGGACUGAAGUGGAUGUUUUACUGUCACAACCGAGACCAGAACCAGAGCCCAAGACCAGAGCUGAGUUCUUAAAAUACUCACGUGACAUCACAUUGGAUCCAAACACAGCAUACACACAUCUGUUAUUAUCUGAUGGGAACAGAAAAGCAACAUAUAUGGAACAUCCUCAAUCUUAUUCUGAUCACCCAGACAGAUUCACUAUUUAUUGUCAGAUCCUGAGUAGAGAGAGUCUGACUGGACGUUGUUACUGGGAGAUGGAGCUGAGAGGAGGAAUUUUUGUAGCAGUCGCAUACAAGAAUAUCAGCAGAGCAGGCGGAUCAGAUGAAUGUUUGUUUGGACGCAAUGACAAAUCUUGGUCUUUAGUUUGUUUCAACAACAGUUAUAACUUUUGGUUCAACAAAGUGAAGACUCCUGUCUCAGGUCCUCAGUCCUCCAGAGUAGGAGUGUACCUGGAUCACAGAGCAGGUACUCUGUCCUUCUACAGCGUCUCUGAAACCAUGACUCUCCUCCACAGAGUCCAGACCACAUUCACUCAGCCUCUACAUGCUGGACUCUAUGUUUAUUCUGGAUCCACAGCUGAGUUGUGUAGGCUGAAAUAGACAGAAGUCAUUUCAGGGACAGUGGGUUCACUUCUGUGUUUGAAUUCUUCAACUGGAUUUUUAUUCCUGUUUGUUGCUGAGAGCUGAUUGUUGUCAGCUGUCAAUCAAACUUGGUGGGCGGGACUUUGACAUCUUCUCCUUUGUUGUGUAAAUGUUUGAGUUUGUUGAAGUUACACUUCUUCCUGUGUCUGUUUAGCCAUGGAGGCUUUCACUGCUCAUGAUGAUUUCUGUUCACCUGAACUGACAUUUCUCUGCAUGAAAAUAUCAACUUGUCUCUGCUCUAGAUGUUGGUUGAUUAUUUGUAUUGAUGCAUUUUUAUGCUGUUGUUUCUGAUCUGAUUCAUGAAUCUGAAGAGAGGAAGCAGCAGACCUUUCUUUAAUGUUCAGAUUUUGUUCUCUCCACUUCGUACAUUUGUAGAAAUUGUAUCAUCACAUUCAAAUACAUUUGUUGGCCAGUUCAGAACAGUGUGAAUUUGAACUUUGAGCUUUGUUCCUUUUUAAAGCCCCAAAAAAGAACAAAGACAUAAACAAUGAUAAAAUAAUAACACUUGUUAUUAACAAAUGUCCUUAACUUGUGUGUUUGUUCAGAGCUCUGUUUGAAUUUGAAAUGACCAGUAAAACUCAACAUCACUUCAA